AUGCCUACAACCACCGCACCUGACAAAUCGAGACAAACCUCGGCUGGCAAAUCGUUCUUUGGGAGGAAGCUACACAAGGAGAGACCGGUAGAUGAUCGGUAUGAGGGGUAUGGAGGGUCGGAAAACCUUGCGCCUCCGGGGAGUGCUGCUGGGUCUCGUUCGUCCCGAUAUUCGAAGCGAUCUUCCGUCCAAUCUGUGGAUUACACACACGACUUCGACCCCGGCGCGCUUUCAAUGACGGCUGGCGUCAUCACGUCCAUUCCUUUCGAGAGCUUACCCUCCGAUACAAGGUCUCCGAUUCCGGUAGAUUACCUGUCCAAGGCGGAGACGUCGCCGCGAAAGGAGCCAUCACCAAAUCACGUGGCAAAGGGAGGUGGUGAUUUUCAUCAGUAUCCAGUAUGGAAUCCGUCCAUGGUCCGCGAGAACAAUGCCUACUCUCACCUUACCGGUCCCCGUCCGCCGCCGCACGCUUCAAACAUGACCAUGACCGGUAGCAAUUCAGGAGACAGGGGUCCAAGGUAUCAGCAGUGGGGCAGACCAGGCAGCUCGGCGACCAAUGCUGGGUUCAGUCACAACUCGUCGUCCACUAUAGACUCAUCGUCAAAUUCGCGGAUUUCUCUCGAUCAAGCCAGUAUUCAUUCUUCACUUUCAUCCAACACAAGGGGGUCGAGCUAUAUCUCGGACGGCUCGGGGAGGACCCUCACGACAUCGCAGUCGGCAGAUCGGAAUACACUUUUCCCCAGCAGUGGAAACUCUAGUCGAUUAUCGAAUGCGCAAGCGGCAUGGCAGGCUGCCCAGCAGUCUGCUCAGCAAUCCGCCCCUCCGAUCGGAGCUUCGCUCAACCCGGAGCAAUAUCUCACACGGCCCAGAGAUGAUCGUAUUGUGGACCAACUAUUCCUAGACUUGAUGCAGAAGCGAGGCUGGCAGAAUCUUCCGGAACAAGCCAAAAGACAGAUGCUGGCAUACCCUGCGUCCAAGAAAUGGACCUUAGUUCACCAGGAUCGCUUGACAGAGCUGCAAGGAGAGCAGAAGCGGAGGCAGAAUGCACGACAAACCCACGGUCAUGAUGGACCUGCAGGGAUUCUUGAGCGAGCAGAUGAAGAGGGUAGUCCCGAGUGGUAUGUCAAGAAGGUUAUGGAUGACACCAUUACAUCGAAACAACUGGCCAGUUUGAGUGUCAGUCUGCGAACACAGCCGAUCAGUUGGGUCAAGGCUUUUGUCGAAGCACAAGGUCAGGUCGCCUUGACCAAUGUCCUCGCAAAGAUCAAUCGUAAAAAAGCUUCCGGGCCAGUACCCGCACCGCCAACAGGGGAUCGGGACUUGGAUCGCGAAUAUGAUAUCGUCAAGUGUCUCAAGGCCCUGAUGAACAACAAAUAUGGCGCAGACGACGCGAUAUGUCACCAGCAGGUCAUCAUUGCUCUCGUGAGCUCUUUGCUAUCGCCUCGGCUAAAUACAAGGAGGCUGGUCAGUGAAGUUCUGACCUUUCUUUGUCAUUGGGCGGAUGGCCAGGGCCAUCAGAAGGUACUUCAGGCCAUGGAUUAUGUCAAGAAUCAUCAUGGUGAAACUGGUCGCUUCGAUGCCUGGAUGCGCAUCGUCGAGGUGACGAUCGAUGGCCGAGGAAAAAUGGGAAGUCUGGUUGGGGCGAGUGAGGAAUAUCGUAACGGUGGUAUCGGCAUGGAAAAUCUGCUUAUGGAGUAUGCGGUUUCUACUAUGAUGCUCAUCAACAUGAUGGUGGAUGCGGCAGAGACCGACCUGCAACUGCGAUGCCAUAUUCGGGCUCAGUUCAUCUCGUGCGGUAUCAAACGGCUUUUGACGAAGAUGGAGGGAUUUCAGUACGAAGUCAUGGAUAAGCAGAUCGAGCGUUUCCGGGAGAAUGAGGCUAUUGACUAUGAGGAUCUACUUCAGCGGGAAAGCAGCAGUAUGAAGGAUAGCAUUGAGGGUGAGGUGAAGGAUAUGAGCGACCCUCUGCAGAUUACGGACGCCAUUUUAUCCAAACUCAAUGGCAGUCGUGCUCAUGACUACUUUCUCUCUGCCAUGCAGCAUAUGCUCCUCAUUCGGGAGAAUUCUGGAGAGGAUGGUCUGCGCAUGUUCCAGCUCGUCGAUGCCAUGCUCAGCUACGUUGCGAUGGACCGGAGACUGCCCGACCUGGAUUUACGACAAGGUUUGACUUUCACGGUACAAAGCCUUCUGGAUAAGCUUCACACGGAUGCGGAGGCGAGGCGUGCGUAUGAUGAGUCUCUGGAAGCUCGUCAGAUCGCGGAGGCCGCAAUCGCUGAACGGGAUGAGAUGAAAUCCCAGGUGGAGAUGGGCGCGGACGGCUUGGUGAUGAAGCUGCAGAAGCAGAUCGAGGAACAGACGAGCAUCAUCGAGCUUCAAACACGGCAGAAUGAGACCCUCAAGGCCGAAUUUGCUGAUGUUCAGCGUCUGCGCGCCCAGGAGCUGCAGCGUAACGAACUGGAAACAAGAGAACUAUACCUCAUGCUCCGGGAUGCGCAGGAUAUCGCUGCAUCGAACGCCAAGAAGAACAACAAUAACCUGGGAGAGACCGACCCAUCACAAAUGCGGGGUAUUCUGGAUCGCGAGAAGCUACUGGAGAGGUUAGAGAUGCAGCUUGAGCGGACCAAGACGCAGUUCAAGUUGGAGGGCAAGGUCUGGGGCCAACAUGGGCCCUCCGAUCGUCUGCGCGAGCUACGGGAGCAGAUGGACGGUGAACCAGACACCGAGGAUUUCCAGGAGCAAGCUCGCCGGAAUCUGGAUACUAGCGCCCUGGGAUCUGUCCAUCGGAAGAGGAGCCAUGUUCCAGGAAUGGAGACCGCUGAUGGUCAAGUCAAGCCACUGGACAGAGACGGAGCACUCCUUGUCGACAUUGGACGGCCUCGGAUGGAUCCCGAACAAGCAACCGGUUUGCUUGGAGAGAUCGCUUCGAAGGUUCCCAAGAUCGAUGCCGAAGAAAGCGAUGCGGAGACUCCUACUACCGGACCCCAAAUCGCGAAUGAUGAAGCCCAGACCAUUGAAGAAGCCAAGCUCGAAAGCGAGAGUAAGAAACCUGUAUCGGCUCCUGCACCACCACCUCCACCACCACCACCGCCUCCUCCUCCUCCUCCUCCUCCUCCGCCCCCAGGCGCAAUAGGUGUCCCGCCCCCUCCUCCACCCCCACCACCCCCUCCACCUCCAGGAGGAAAGGGCAUGGGGGUUCCGCCUCCACCUCCUCCUCCGCCUCCUCCCCCUGGCUUCGGUGGGGGCAUGCCUCCGCCCCCUCCUCCACCUCCCCCCCCUGGCUUUGGUGGAGGAAUGCCUCCGCCGCCCCCGCCGCCACCCGGGCGGUUCGGGGCUCCUCCUCCACCUCCGCCGCCUGGUGGUGCAGGAGGCUGGCGAGCAAACUAUAUGGCUUCGCAAUCGGCACCGACUCACCCAACUUCUGUCUUGUCAUCGAUCAGACCUAAGAAGAAGCUUAAGGCUCUUCACUGGGACAAGGUUGAUGCUCCACAGGUAACUGUAUGGGCCUCCCAUGACCCGACUCCUCAAGCGAAAGAACAGAAAUAUAGCGAGUUGGCGAAGAGGGGUGUGUUAGAUGAAGUCGAGCGAUUGUUCAUGGCGAAGGAAACCAAGAUCUUCGGAGCCGGCUCCGGGACCAAGCAACGCAAAGACAAGAAACAAAUCAUCUCGAAUGAUCUUUCAAAGAACUUCCAGAUUGCAAUGUCUAAAUUCUCCCAACUGCCUGCUGAGGAUGUCGUGCGCAUGAUCAUCCAUUGCGACCCAGAGAUCUUGGACAACAUGGUCGUCAUGGAUUUCUUACAGAGGGAAGAAAUGUGCACGAUUCCCGAAAAUGUCUCCAAACUCAUGGCCCCGUAUAGCAAGGACUGGACUGGUCCCGAUGCUGCCACGUCCGAGCGUGAGCAAGACCCUGCGGAGAUUACCCGUGAAGAUCAGAUCUAUCUCUACACUGCAUUCGAGCUGAACCAUUACUGGAAAGCGAGAAUGCGGGCUCUUGCCUUGACGCGCUCCUUUGAACCGGACUACGAGCACAUUUCGACCAAGCUUCGCGAGAUUGUGAGGGUCAGUGAGUCUUUGAGAGACUCUGUCUCCUUGAUGAACGUGCUUGGCUUAAUCCUGGACAUCGGUAAUUUCAUGAACGACGCCAACAAGCAGGCUCAGGGUUUCAAGCUGAGCUCGCUUGCGCGCCUUGGCAUGGUCAAGGAUGACAAGAACGAGACUACUUUCGCAGAUCUCGUCGAGCGUAUUGUUCGCAAUCAAUAUCCCGAAUGGGAAGGGUUUGUCGAUGAGAUCAAUGGCGUCGUUGGUAUCCAGAAACUCAACGUUGACCAACUGCGGACCGACGCUAAGAAAUACAUCGACAAUAUCAAGAAUGUGCAGGCAAGUUUGGACGCGGGCAAUCUCAGCGAUCCGAAGAAGUUCCAUCCCCAGGAUCGUGUAAGUCAGAUCGUUCAACGCAGCAUGAAAGAGGCCCGAAGAAAGGCCGAGCAGAUGCAGCUGUACCUCGAGGAGAUGGUCAAGACAUAUGAUGAUAUCAUGGUCUUCUAUGGCGAAGAUAAUACGGAUGAGGGCGCUCGACGAGACUUCUUUGCGAAGCUGGCCACAUUCUUGAUGGAGUGGAAGAAAUCGAAAGAGAAGAACGUCACUCUCGAAGAAGCCAGAAAACGCACAGAGGCUUCUUUGGCCCGUAAACGUAUCAAUGCCGGCCUUGCUAACAGUGCUGGCACUAGCGAAGCACCGCAGUCUCCUGCUACGAGCGGUGCCAUGGAUUCCCUGCUGGAGAAGUUACGUGCUGCCGCUCCUCAAGCUAGAGACCAGCGUGAUCGUCGUCGGCGUGCUAGGUUGAAGGAGCGUCACCAGGUCCGCGUCGCUUCAGGUCAGCAGAUGCCGGACAUCGCUGCAACUGAAGCUGCGAAUGGUGACGAAAACGCAGACAAUAGCGCCACCGCCGCUGCGGACAGCAACAAUGAUCCCAGCAACGCAGAGUCCGGACUGCUGAGCCCGCCUGGCCAGGAGAUGAACGUAGACACCCGCGCGAAAGAGACGCAGGUUUCCGAGGGCGAAGACGUUGCAGACCGCGCCGCAAGCAUGCUGCAAGGUCUACGAGACAACAUGGAAGGCGGAGAUCGCAAUCGCAGGAGAAGAGAGAGUGCUGAGGAAGAACGCCGAAAACGCAGAUUGAGGAGACGAAAUGGAGGGAGUGUUAGCAAAGACGCCGGCGACGGUUCGACUUUGUCAACUGUCCCAGAGCCGAGCACGCCUCCCGUCACACAAUCCACGGCUCUAAAUGAGACUGGGAUGGUCAGCCCUCCAUACGAGGAAGACGCAUCCUCGCAGCCACCCCAGACUCCGGUUAUCGUUGUCUCGCCGAAUGCCGAUCUACAAUAUCGGUCUCCUGGAGAUGAAGAAUCUCUUAGGGGCUCGCCUGGGAGUCGGCCUAUGCAUUAA